AUGAUACCAAAAUUAGAGACAUUGUGUGAAAAUUGUAGAAUUAUCGAAUGGUGUAAAGAAUGUAAUGAAUAUAUUUACAAAUACCCUCGGUCCAUUUGUAUUAAUUGUUGGGGCAUAACACUAUUAUUAUGCAACGAAUGUGAAAAUCCGAAUUGGUCGAAUUGGUCAAGUGGAAACAAAAUUGUAGAUGAUUUUAUUAAAGAAUGUAAUAAACCAAAUGAAAUUUUAAAAUGGAUACCUUAUAACCAAUUUAGUGAAAUCACAUAUAUAGCAAAAGGUGGAUUUGGUGAGAUUUAUAAAGCUAAAUGGAAAGGAAUUUAUGACGUUGCUUUAAAGAAAUUAUAUAAUUCAAGAAAUAUAACUAUGGAUUUUCUUAACGAGGUUAAAAAUUAUAUUCAUUGUAUGGAAUCCAACAGAACAAAUUUUAGGACUUGUUCUUUAAUCAGAUUUUACGGAAUUUCAUAUGAUCCAAUUACUCAAGACUUUAUAAUAGUAGCCGAAUAUGCUAAUAAGGGUAAUUUAAAACAAAAUAUUAUGAAACCUGCAGAAUUAGCAUAUUGCGUUGUAUAUGAUGUUAAUUUAAGUUCCAAUGAAAAUACUGUUUAUCAUAUUUCUCGAGGACUUAAUAUCAUGCAUAAUUCAGGUUUAGUUCAUUGUGAUUUGCACAUAGGCAAUAUUUUACUAAAAGGUGGAGAACACGGCGGUAGAGACAUUUACUUUAGUAUAAGUGACUUUGGAUUAUGCCAACCUGCAAAUAUAUCAUCAUCAAUUAAAUCAUCAGGAAUUUAUGGUGUUAUUCCAUAUAUUGCUCCUGAAAUAUUUCUUGGUAGACAAUAUACGCCAGCAUCGGAUAUAUACAGCUUAGGAAUUAUUAUGUGGGUAAUAUAUUCAUUUGAAGAGCCUUUUAACAACAGAAAUCAUGAUGCGACUCUGAUUCUUGAUAUUAUAAGAGGUCUUCGUCCAGAAAUUUCUCCAAAAAUGGGUAUUUCCAAAUAUAUCAUGGAUUUAAUGGAAAAAUGUUGGGAUUCAGACCCAAAAAAUCGUCCAACAGCUCAACAAAUUAUAACAACGUUAGAAAAUCAUGAAAAAGAACCAAAUGAAACUUAUUUAGCAAAUUUACAUAGAAAAAAGUAUAGUCUUCUUAAAACUAUGAACCUAACCGGUAAUAAUCCUGGUACUUGUUAUACAAGUCGUUUCUUAUCGUUUCAAAGAGUUAAAGAACAUCUUGCUAAAUUAACUUUAGAAGACUCUGGUCAAAAUGAUCUUUCUCUCCCAACAUCAAUUAAUGAUGAUAACAUAAAAGAUUUUGAGGAUAAAAUUAUCGCUCUUCCAACUUUAUCGAACACAUCACCAUCUCAGAUCCCUUGA